AUGUCAAAACCAAACACACCAAAUAUCAGGAGAAGACAACUGCAAAGAUCUUCAGGGAUAUUCAAAAUCUUCCCUCAAUCUCCAAGCAUACAUUAUCCAAUUGAUGGUGAUAAUUUACCCCUUGAAUCCGCGUCCAAUAUUGAAAACUUUGAAGAAUUAUCUGAUAAGAUGGAAGAGUUAGAAAUAAAUAUGAGUAACUUAUCAGAGAUUCAUGAUUCUAUAACCAAUGGGUUCAAUGAAUCAUUUUCUAGUUUCUUAUAUGGUAUAUUAAUGACUAUGUAUUGUAUGGAUUUUGGUAAUAGUUUGGAACUUGAACAAUUCGAUGAUACUAAUAAAACUGAUGAAAUAGAUGAAAGAUUAGAUAAUUUACAAACGGAAAUUGAUAAUUUGAAACAAAAAAAUGAAACCUUAAAGAUUAAACUUGAAAAUAAGAAUAAAAUCAAAGCCAAUGUGUUAAAAACUUCGAAGAAUCCUAAUAUAUCUGAUGAUUCCUUUACAUCUAAAAUACCCAAAUUUCAAAAAUCAAGUAUGAAUAAUAGAACAAUUGCACCUAAAUCAAACAGAUUCCAUACAAAAUCUAGUCAAGCUAGAUUAGCUGCUACUCAAGCCAAAUUGGCUGCAAUGAAGAAUGCCAGAACCCCAGAUUUGAAUCAAAGACCUAGAUAUAUGGAUGGAUUAUUCGAUAAGUCCGGUGCUACUCGAACAUCAACCAUACCAUAUUCCACGUCAAAAUAUAGAUGA